UUCGAGUCUGUGUAGCCUUCUUACAAAUUUCAUUUAAAUUUUAGGAUUUAUCCUAAAAACGCACAACACAUAAAUACUUUACAUCCUACUGAUACAAAUACUAUAAGAUCAGAACCAAUAAACGUAACUCUUAACUAGCCAAAAUGAGUGCGUUUGGGACUGCCAGCUCAUCGAGGGCCUCCAUCGAUCGGAGGACCGAAAUGGCCGAAAAGAGGAAAACUAUGGAGCACAUUAGGAAGUCGAAGGGAAUGAGGACCAUUAAUGCAUCCAUGUUUAUCAGGCCCAGCUCCAUGGAAACGAGAUAUUCCUUUACGGCCAUGUCCAGGCGACACAAGAAUGAUGCUAAAUACGUCGAUCCGGAUUACGACGAAAAAGAUAUUGAUCUAGGGCUUGAAAGCUAUGUACCCGUAUACCAAGUCCAAUUCGAUGACGAAAAAGAGACAGUCCGUGAGCCCGAUUUCAAACGUCACAAAAUUCCAUUGCAGGUACGAUGUGUGGAGAUGUAUCAUGAAACCCGUCGGGAGUACUCAAGACAGUCAAAAAAGGAAAUUCGCCUUCUUAUCGAUAACCAACCGAAUGCCGACUGUGCCUGGCAGUUCGUUAGGAUCAUGGCUUAUACCACUCUUUGGCCACCUCUUCAUACUAAUAACGAGCUAAAAAUUUUUGAAGAUGAGUUCUGUAGACUUACUCCCAAGGAGCAACGUCGCUAUGAUAAAAUAAUGCUUACCAAUAUCAUUUGACCUUAGAUACUUUGCACCUUAUAUAACUGUUUUUGACUAAAUUUUGGUUAAAGAAUAUGUAAUUAUGUACUGUUCAUAAAGCAAUUAAUACAAUAAAUUUGAAAUGUACCAUUUCAUACACGAUAA